AUGCGCUGUUCAGUGAUGCUUUGUUUUGGUUCACCAGAGAAUAUCCUGGCAAUGAGGCAGGACAACUUCUGGCAUGGAAAUCAAACCUUGACAAUAGUGCAUAACUUGGUGCGGCUGAAUAGUGACAGUCAAAUGGCUGCCGACAGAGGAAUGACAGCAUCUGGGAACAUGCUCGCCAGCAGCAAAAAGAUGCCCAAAAUAUAUAGAUGUAUUCACUGUCCCUUCAUCAGUACAAAACGCUGUAAUUUUGUUGAACAUUUCCGUACCCACACUGGAGAGAGACCCUUCUCGUGUCCUCAGUGCUCUUAUAGGACAGGUGUCAAAUCAAACUUAAAGAGGCAUUAUUUUUCUUGUGGACUGUUAAAGUUUCAUGGAUACUGUGAAGGUUCAAAUUGUGAUACUGUUACCCUCAUGAUAGGCUUCAAGUGUGCUGUGUUGCUGGACAGUCAUAUGGCCAACGAGGCAGGAGCCACAGGCGCUGGGAGGAAUAUCUUCGACCACAGAAAAAUCCCCAAAAGACACAAUUGUCCUCAAUGUAAAUUUAGUAGCAGCAAUAAAACACAUUUUAUAGAACACUAUCGUACUCACACUGGAGAGAAGCCAUUUUCUUGUUCAUUUUGUUCAUAUCAGACAGAGAGGCCUUCCCUACAGGUGUUGUGGGAGAGAGGCAGUGUUGGGCGGGAAGGCAGUUUGGAGCCUUCCAGGGGCACACAGAAACUACACCACUGUCCCUACUGCUCCUAUACAACAGUUUAUGCCACUAAUUUGAAGAACCAUACCUUGACGCACACAAAUGUUAAGCCAUAUGCCUGCCCUCAUUGCCCUUAUCGUUGUAUUCAAAAAGGCAGUCUAAAGGUCCAUCUUUGUAUACAUACCGGGGAGAAGCCAUAUUCAUGCCCUCGCUGCCCCUACCAGUCCUCCAGUAGCAGCCACCUCAAGAGACAUAUUCGCACUCACCUUACCAAACCCGAUGUUAUACAAAGAGAAGGGGAGGGUCCAUUUGCUGAGUGUACCCUACAGGUGGAUCAGCAGAAUGAGAGCAGCACCAGCCUCGGAGGCAGCAAUACCCUGACCAACACCACCAUACACCGCUGCCUCUACUGCCCAUACACCACCCCAAGAAGAUUCUUAUGGACUAAUCACAUGCGAACCCACACUGGAGAGAAGCCUUUUGCAUGUGCAUACUGUAACUAUGCUGGAGCCACAAAGGAAUAUCUAAAGAAACACAUAUUAACUCAUACGGGAGAGAAACCAUAUCCCUGUCCCCAUUGUUCUUAUCGGGCUUCUCAGAGCACAACCCUCUACCAUCACCUUCGUACUCAUACCGGAAAAAAGCCUCACAGAUGUGACUACUGCAGGAAAGGCUUUUCAACCAAGAGAUUAUUAGAUGACCACAUUUUAAGACUUCACUCCCAGAACACUGGAUAGUUUUGCCACACAAAUACCUCUAUAUAAGUGCUGUUGCAAGAUGAUGGAAGAGCUUAUCAAUAUUCACAGCACAGUUCUGUAUAUAUAACAUGAUGGUAUGGAUCUUAAAGUUUAUGAAAAUAACCAUAACUGGAAAACAUCAUUGCUGAAUUUCUUGGCAAAACUUUGUGUCAACUGCCUAAGGUAAGAUGAAGGUUCAUAAUGAGGCAGUGUGGUGGGAGAUAACUGCUCAUCACCAUCAGUGUUAUGUAGUGUUCUAUACUGCAGAUAUUUUUUUAAUAAUUCAGAGAACACUCUUAACUUUUACCACCAUAGUGUCAUUUUUGGGACACCUACCUGUAUAUUUAUACAGGUUUAAAUUGUACAGACAUUAAUCCUUUGGCACAGUACUAAAUUGAAUAGCCAUUACAAGGUAUUAUAGAUGUUGUCAUCUGUACCAUCCUUAGUGCAAUAUCAUUUGAUGUGGUCCAUUUGUAAAUUUAAGAAAAUAAAGGUCAGAAGCACUUCUCUCCAAGGGAUUUUCUAGAAAUUUUACAAGUACGGUACAGAGUGUAAACCAGGUAAGACAGGGUUUCAAGAAAACUCAUUGGCAUGAACAGUACUGAAUAAAGUAUUAGAAAAAUACACAGCCAACCAGCUUGAGGCAGAUAUGAUGAUCGUAAAUAUAACUAACAAAGCACAUACAUCUCAAUGAGAUAGACUGUUGUGUCUUAUAGGAGAAUGUAAAAGAAGUCAAUAGUUUUUCUUUUUAUUAUAAAUUAUAGAUACAUAUAAAUAUACUUGUUAUAUUAUACUUAUAGUCAUUAGAUACAGUAUUAUUGUACUGUAUAGUAUGGUAUCAAUACUUUCUAUGUUUAGGUCAAGUAUUUAGUAAAUACCUGCACAGGGUACUAGUUAUUUUUGUAUAAAAUACGUAAUGGUAAAAUGGGGUUAUUUUCACACUACAGGUAUCAACUUAAUUCUUCUCAUAAAAGACUAUUUCUAUCCUGAUUCAAGUUACUUGUUUGUGAUUACUGUACAGUACUGCACUGUACUGUAUUAGUUUUUUCUUCAUUGCAAUAUGCAAUAUACUGUGCUGGUUCUGUACAGUAUAUGGUACAGUGUAUAUUUUUAAUUAAAGAGGCUACAGUAUACUAUGUUAUAUACAGUAUAUUUUAUGCAUAUAUUAUAUCAAUAUAAUUUGUAAAGGUGACAUAGAGCAAAAUAGGGCUACUGUAUUUUAUCUAUUCCCUCAUCCAUUCCAGUAGUAUCAGUACAGUAACUGUUUAUUAUACAGGAUUAUUUAUUGACACUAAGUAAUAAUUAUAUAAACAUUUGGGUUUUCUAUAUUUUUUUUCACCAUUUAAGACUGCCAAAAACAUUUCAUUUGGGUUGAAUAAUCUUAGGAAGCUGCUGUCUUUUAUGAACCACUAGGAAGGCUACUGUUUCCUUCUUUAUUAUCAAAGUACUGUAUGUCAUUUUUCAUUAACUCCUUCACUAUGAGGACGCCACUUUGUUAUACAGUGCGUUCUUGUUCCAGUCUUUCACUUCUUGUUCUCUCAAUUUGUCCAGACCACCUGUGCAUACCGUGAGCUUCUCUCUGCUUGACGUUCUUCCAUUUCCACUCUCCUCCAUAUUUCUUCAUGUUUAUACAGCACUCUUAUUCUCUGCACAUUAUUUACCCAACUUAUUGAUCUUAAUCCUUAAAUAGUAGCCAUUAUCAGUGGAAGUUAGCUGUAGGGAUGGCAGCCAUCAUAUGUUUUGUAUAGUACAGUGGCAGGCAUGAACCAAAUGAAUAUGUUGAGCAUUGUUGUAAAAGAGGAGUACUGCAGCAUUAACUCUCUCAAGCACUGUUGGAUUUAUCUAACAAGAGCGAGUCGAGCCUACACUAGGACUGAGGGAUUAUUUCCUGCGAUGGAAUUUAAAAUUUUUUUGCUAUUCCCACAGCUUCAGCUGACUGGUCAUAUCACUGCUAUAGUCCCCAGGAAACUGUGUACCUAGAUUUGCCUGACAAUUUAAAUUUCACGAUAUUUGAGAUAAGUUUAAUUCUGAUCCAAGUGUUGCCAUUUUGCCGUCUGUCACUCCUUGCCGGUGAACUUAUGAAGCUAGGUAAUUCCCUACAACUAAUAUCUGCUUGUUAUUUGUGUUUCAUAUUCAGCAACUUCUAAUAAGGCAGCAACAAUGAAGAGUAACUCAGUCAGGAAGUGGACCUGGAGAUAAAUAUUAUGAGCCUCGGCUAAGGUGAAUAAUGAAUCAGCAGCAACUGUUUUGUGUCAUUUCAUUCUCAGCUCAAUAAAUAAACUUAAAACCCUC